UGUCGUAUUUAGGAACAUAUUUUCAGGUACAAAUGUCCGAGCAGCACCUGAACGCAGCACAGACGCUGGUUUCCCUACCAGUGAAUCUGACGGUUGAUGUCGGAGCUGUGACCAGAGACCGUAAACAUCAGCUCAGCAUGGAGGGCUUGAAAGAGGCAGCCAACCCUGAAGCACACACCUUCUCCCAGGUGGUGUUCACGGACACCCCUCACUCAUACCCGCCUUCAGCCCCCAUCACCUGCUGCUACACCCUCACUGCCACCCUCCAGCCCAACCCACGGGACUGGGUGGGCAUCUUUAAGGUGGGGUGGAGCACAACAAAGGAUUAUCAUACCUUUGUGUGGGUGGAGCCGAGUCUGGAUGUGGUCGGGCAAGAAUCUGCCACGAGGCAAGCUCUUUUCAGGGAGUACUACCUCCCUAAAGAUGAAAUGGACUUCUACCAGUUCUGCUACGUCGACAGCACCGGUCAAGUGCGUGGCGCCAGCACUCCUUUCUGUUUCAAAAACCCAGCGGAGCAAAGCCUGGAGAUCAGCCCGGAGGAUGACCUCCUGGUUAUUACAACACAGGAGCAGGUGGAACAGAGCGUACGUGAGAAGGCCGAACUGCAGAAAGAGUUGGAUCAGAUAAGGGAGGAAAAUGAAAGCUUAAAAAAUGAUCUACAGAAGGAGCAGCAAGAAGCCGCCAGCUUGAAGGGGCAGAAUGAGGAGAAAGAGAAAGAAAUGAGUCAACUGGUGAAAGAGAUGGAUCAAAUGAAAGAGCAAAAUGAAAACCUGAAAAGCAUCUUGCAGCAGCAAGUGAAAGAAACGGAAAACUUAAAGGAGGAGAUGCUGACCCAGAAGGCAAAGCAGGAGGAGAUACAGCAACGUAAUGCUGCUGAGCUGAAGACACGAAGCUUGAGUUUAGACGGAGCAUCGAGACAAAAUGAGACACACGCUCAGGAGAAGUACGACCGAGCUGUGAUGAAGAUCAACCAGCUGAAGGAGGAGCGUGAGGAGCUGAGAGUGAAGGUCGAUGGUCAAAGUGGGGAUAUCGCCAUGCUAAAUUCCAAACUCAGAGAGCAAGAGAGGGAACUGUUCAAAAUGAAAGACAGCAUCCAGCUCCUUCAGGUUGACCUUCAGAGCAGUGAGAAAGAGAAGGAGAGGCUCUCUGUAGAGCUGCAGAGGUCGCAAACCCUCGCACACAACAUGGACGACAUGAAGAGAGAGAACCAGGAGCUACGGAGGAGGCUGUCGCAGCAGGAGACGCUGAAGAACUGUCCAGAUGACGACCUCAGGAUGCAGUGUCAGACUCUUGGCUGCCAGCUGCAGGACGUUCAGGUGAAACUGGCGGCCGAGAGAGAGGAGACCAAAAACGCCAAGAGACACGCUGACUUACAGGACAAAGAGCUGCAGCAGCGCAGGGAGCAGCUGGAGAAGGUGAUCAUGGCAUGUGAGCACGCAGAACGGACAAGUGGCAAACAUGAGCUACAGCUCGCAGAGGCACACGAAGCGAUCGCAGAUAAAGAAAUCAUCAUAGAGGACAAGGAACACAUGAUCAGGCUGCUGCAACACGAGAAAGAAGAGCUGGCCAGAGACAACGAGAAUCUCGUGAGUGAUAUGGAGGAGCUGCGUAGACUUUACGACGAGUCAACACACAUGCAGCCUGACACCACCUCGCCGGCCGCCGCCGCCACAUUACCCGCCGACGACUGGCAGCAGCAACAGGAGGCACCUGACCAGGCUGAGAACCUGUAUGAGACCAUAGCGGACCCUGCAGACACCGAGGAAGAGCAGUCGCUGGUGUGCCGUCACUGCCAGGAGUGCUUCCCCUUCAUAACCCAACAGGAACUGGACCAGCACGAGCAGAGCCACCGAGUGUGUCCCUUCUGCACCAUGAUCUGUGACGGCAUGGACCAGACUGUGUUUGAGGAUCACGUCUACGGCCACGAGCUGUGAGAACGCCACGCGCAAAGAAAAAAAAACGUCUUACAAGUCGUGUGGUCAUGUGUAAAAGUAAAAGGACCAUACCGAUAAUUGCAAAUUACAUAGAUUUUACAUUACUGUCGACCAUUUUCCAAAGCAUACCGACGGUUUUGGUUGUUUUUUUUCCAGUCAUUAGUGUGAAUCAUGCAGAAAGAAUCCGCUGGCAGACAUGAAACGGUCUGACUUACAGUACCUAAUCCACCAUAGUGAACAUCACGUCCUCAUUUAUUUUGGUCAAAAGUUAUCUUAUCGUUGCACGUUAAUGCAUUUAAAAGUAAAUUACCACACAACUGGGCAUCAAUUGAAAUGUUUUGAUACUUCCAGUGUUUCUGUAUCGAUCCACAAAACCCUCAAAAAGUUCUCAAAUGUUGAAUAUCGUCUAAACACAAGCAGACGGAUUUUGCCUAAACAAAAUAGGCAAUUCAGAUAUUAGACAAGCGUUCACAAAUGUUCUUUCUAUUGUUAAAUCACUGGCAACAGAUGUUUAUGGCUAGAUUCUAAAAGAAACGUAUGGUAUGCUUUGAAAAUAAACAGCAGUAAUAUGUAUAUAUAUGAUUUGUAGUAAAAAGGCUAAAACAUGCUUAAACAAGGGAAUGGUCCUUUAAGGAGAUGAGAUUGUGAUUUAAAAUAAAGCAUGUCACAUUUAAAUCUUAAUAUAUAUUAACCACAACUCUUCACUUUCAGUAUAACUUUGCACUUAUCUCUCAGAGGGAGGUCUGAUCUUCUAUAACCAGAUUGUGCCAAUUCAAGUGUUUAUUUAACUUUCGUUAAUUUCUGCUGAUUUUAAAAUGUGUAUGACAGAAUGAAUUGAUGAUAUGAGACUGAGCAAUGUAACAAGUGAGUGUAUGUAAAUGAUUUAAAUGGACAUAAUAAAAAUCAAGUGAUAGGAUGCAGCA